UCUUAAAACAUAGGAAUCUAAUAUAAAAUGUGAUGUUGGCUUGGGAAUUGUUAAAUGGAUGUAUCUUAUUCACUAUAAUCGUUUUCUUCAAUAUAUCACCCGGCAAACCGUAUAAUGUUGACACAACAUCCUACGAAGUACUGGGAAGUCCUAAGAAAAAUUCAUAUUUUGGAUAUUCAAUAGCAGCAGCCCGUGUGAAUGGGAACGUGACAAUUUGGAGCGGAUCGCCAAAAUAUGAAGAAGAUGAAAUCACCAACUCGUCUGCAAAAGCAGGAGCCAUCUUCAGUUGUAGUUUAUCUAAGUCAUUCAAUGGCAGCCUGCAGCAAAACUGCGAAAAACUAGAUUUCAACCAGGAAAAUAUUGAAUCGAAAAACCAAUCUAGCAAACAAGAUGACAUUACAAGUGAUCCUCUCCUACCUGAAUAUGCUCUCGAAAAAUGCGCAUUCAAUGUUUCGACAUGUGGAUAUUCAAGCGAUACACCGAAUUUAUGGUUACUAAGAAAACAGUACAGAAGGAAAAACGUCAAUUAUCUGAAGUACAACAUACCAAACAAACAGAAGUAUUGUCAUGAAGAUAUUAAUGUAGGGGUUAGAUUAACUGGUCCACCAGACUAUACUGUCCACGAGGGUAUGUUAGCAUUCAACUCGGAUGAUGCCCUAAUUGCGUCUGGCCGCAGAAAAGUAGCAAUAUCUGAACUGAAGUCUCAACCAAUUGCAGCGAAAGCAGGAAUAACCCAAUGUUUACGGUUUUGUUUCAACGCCUUUUCAAUUCUGGACUAUAAUGAUAACGACGAAGCAAUACAAAACGAAACUUGGUACACUGGAAAACCACGACCCGUGGCAUCAAAAAAACCUACGAGAUCGUUGCAAGUGAUGAUGAAAUAUAAAAACUCAGGAAAAAUAAAAAAGUUGUUUGACUACCGAGGACCAAAAGAUAUUGCGAGCAAAUAUUGGAAUUUUACAGAAAUAAAUAUGGGACAUGAAAUCGAUGAACCAUUCGAAAUUAUUUUUAAGGCUUCGGUUGUAAACCAACUGGUCAAACCUAACUGUAAAUCAGAUCCCAGGAGAUGUCCAAAGGUUUGCUCAGCCGCAGCUGAUAUUGUUCUAUCUGACAUAACGGUGGCAAAUUCUGCAUGCGAAGACGAACCUGUUGAUGUUGAUGUACUUGAAGGUGAGCAGUCUAUCGGAAUGAGUAUGAAUAUACAACUUCACGAUGAGAACAAUAAAACCCUUACGGCGUGCGGCUCACUUUGGCAACAAAACUGCGGUUAUUCAAAAGAAGCUACUGGAAUAUGUUACGAGAUUACUAGUAAUACUUCGCAACCUAGAGCUAUAAAAAAUCCUGGAUCAACAGGAUGCAUCCGAGGUAAAAUCGACAUUGUCCUUCUUAUUGAUCAAUCUGGCAGUGUCAAUCAAUGUAAUUUCCAAAAAGUAAAACGUUGGCUGAGAAAUAUCGUAAGAGGUUUUACCAUUGGUCCAAAUGAUCAAGACAUUGGUAUUGUGAUCUACAGCAGUGAAGAGUAUACGAGUGCUACAUUCGAACUAGGAUUUGAAAAAUACGGAAAUAGCGGGACAGAAAAAAGAUGGAAAAUGCUGGAAGGUUUGCGGAAACUACCGUAUGAGGCUGGGAAAACAUAUACAGGACUUGCGUUCAAAUUUGCGAACGAACUUUUAUGGGGACCGUCCGCCAGACCCGACGCGAAGAAAAUGGUUAUUUUACUGACUGACGGAGAAACUUCUGUCGAAGACAAAUCUCAAUUGAUCACUCAAGUCAACAUAACACGCUCCGGAAAUGCAACUAUUCUAGCAGUUGGGGUCGCAAAAUUCAAUGCUUCAGAACUUAUAAGCAUCAGUGGGACUUCACAAAACUUUUUUCCGGUCAAGGACUUCUCACAAUUGGAGCAAGUACGGGAUACUUUAAGACAAAGCGUUUCUUAUUCAAAUUUAGAAGGUUCAAAAGGGUCAGAUUCUAUGCAAAAUUGUCAAAUGGGAUUUUCAUUGCAUCGCAACAAGGACUUUCUUGUUAUGGGAUCACCUGGAUGUUAUAACAGGGCAGGAAACGUUAUCAAACAUGAAGAAUUGAAAGGCGAAGACAUAGAAGAUCUUCAACUUAAUGCAACAACUUCAAAUAUGUGGUCGAAGAAAAACAUACCGUCAAAUUUGACGAAUAAUUCAGAAGAAUCAGAAAAAUUGAAAACAUCUAGCGGAUUUUCAAUACCAACUAGAGAGGAACUGGAGGAAGUUUUAGGUGGAAGCAUGGAUGACUCCUAUUUCGGAUAUGCGGUAACAUCGGGUAACUUUUACGGUACUUCACAAGGAAGGUAUAUUGCAGCAAGCGCACCUCGCUAUGCAAGAACUGGUGUUGUUGUAAUAUAUAAAUCUGAUCAUCCUCGACAUAUUACAAAGGAUCAAGUUUUACAAGGAGAACAGCUUGGCGAAUAUUUUGGUGCCACACUCUGUGCUGUAGAUCUGAAUAAUGAUGGAUACGACGAUCUUCUAGUUGGCGCUCCAUUAUACACUGAUCAAACGUCUGACGAAGGCAGGGUUUAUGUUUACAUGGGAGCUAAAAAUAUGUCCUUGAAGCCAGAUUACAUACUUGGAGGAUCAAAUCUUCCAUUCUCACGAUUUGGAAUCGUUAUUACUUCUGUUGGAGACAUUACAUUGGAUAUGUUUCCAGAUAUUGUAAUAUCUGCAACGUAUGAGGAAGGAUAUGGAGCCGUAUAUUUAUUCAGUGGGACAAAGUAUGGUAUUGAUAGUAAAUACACUCAAAGGAUCAGUGCAUCUUCUUUCAAAAAUAAACCAGGUUUCGGUUUGUUUGGUCAAAGUGUUGCUGGAGGCGUUGACGUUGAUGAAAAUGGCUACCCGGAUAUAUUAGUUGGAAGUCCUGGUUCAGAUGAAAUCGUCAUACUAAAGACACGACCAGUUGUUAAAAUUGAUGCAACAUUUGCUAUCACAACCCCAAUGAUAGACAGAAAAAAUGAUAACUGUUGGAGACAAAAUACAACGAUUGAUGAAUACAGCAAGUCUGCCUGUAUUGCAUGUACGGUUUGCUUCUCGUUUCACGGACUUUCAGUACCCCCUGGAAUCGGAAUCCAUUAUUCUAUAUCACCCGAUGUCAAUGUGGCUAACUCUAGAGUAGGAUUUUAUGGAAAAGAAGAAGACAAUCCCAACCUGAAGCAAGGCUCUAUCACUUUAUGGAAGGCUAAUUUGAAAAACUGUGUGAAUCAUUCAAUGUACUUGAAGGAACAUAUCGGAGACAUGAUGACAAACUUAACUUUUGAACUGCAAUUUGACAUGGAGGAAUUCAAAUUCAACGAAACUGAUGAUAUAUACCAUGGAAGCAAACUAACGCCGGUUUUAGAUUUUUCAGCGAUAAAAACAGUACCAGCUACAGCGUUCUUCAAAACAUACUGCGAAGACACGUCCUCAUGUGUUGCAGAUAUUUCAAUAGCACAGUCAGACCCAGUCGAUGAAGACGGAUUAAAAAUAAAUGAGUACGAAUUGUCAAUAAUAAAAUUGCUGAAACUAAAAUUGGAAUUAGAAAACAGAGGUCCAGAAGAUGCACACUCAGUAAUUGUUACAGUGGAAUAUCCAUCGUCUUUUAUAUACAGUUCAAUAACGGAGACCCAAUGUUUUGAAUACUUGGAAGAAUCUAACAUGAAUGAAACAUUUAACAAGUUAUUUUUUGUAUUGUCGAAGACUUUCAUUAGCUCAAACCAAAAUUGCAGAGGGAUGAUCAUAUUUCUAGCGACACCUAGCGUGCAACCAACAACAACAAAAUCAAUUAGUUUUUCCAUCAACGCAUCAACAGUUAGUAAAGACAUCAACAACAAUGACAAUGUGAAGAAAUUGAAAAUACCGAUUAAAUAUAAAUCUUCUUUCAAUCUUAAUGGAGCAAGUUAUCCACCAUCAAUAUCAGGUUUCAUCUAUAAUUCUACAAAUUCGUCAAAUGGAAUUUUUUCCAAUUUUCAACAUGUAUAUUCGAUUGUGAAUACAGGUGCAUUUGCAUUUCAUAAUGUCAGGAUAUUGAUUGAGUGGGAAACUUGUGCAACGCAGGAUGGAUUUCCAUAUUUUACAAAAUAUCUCAAUCACAAAAUUUGUGAAGACAAAAAACAAGUCCAGUGCGUGACACAGACAACAAGUAAUAUUUUAUUACUAAGAAACGAUUCAGGAAUUUGCAAUAACCCGCAAAAUAACUCAUGCAAAUCAAGUUCAGCGGUAAUAUGUCCAACUAUAGAUAUUCAUAUUGGCAACAUUCCGGCAAAUAAAUUAGUAUAUCUGACGAUGGAUGGAGUUGUUGAUUUAAAACAAUUCAAAAACUUGAAAAACCAACUUUCAUUAACAACAGUACUCAGCAUAACAAUGGAUCACAAAAGCCGGUUUAAGUUUUCAAAAGAACAAAUAUAUGAACGUUCUAUUGCGACAAUAAUCUACCCACCGCGCGUGCAAGAUACAGUUACCGAAGUCAAGACAUUUUUUUCUAUACCAAUCUGGGCUUACAUACUCAGUAUCCUGGCCGGACUUCUAUUAUUAUUGAUAAUUCUUUUAAUUUGUAGAUGGGCUGGAUUUUUCGAGAGCAGAUACGCACAAAAGAAGAAAGACGCUCAAGAAGAUCUUCGAAACAUGACAGAACUCGAGCCGAUGAAUCCUCCAGAAUAACACACGUAGAAAUAUUAUCAAAAGUUGGGUGAUAAUUCGAGUUCGGCUUGAGUUUAAAAUGAAAAGAAAAAAUUUCUAAUAAAUCGAUUGAGAGAUCUAUCCACGGUGUGGAACGCACAAAUUGAUAUCCAUUUGGCAAUGUAUUGAGUGUAUUUUAGUUCGCGACCAUUCUAUGUUCGAGACUAGUUCGCGUCUAACCAGCUCAACUAUAUAUCGGUUCACAUUGAACUAUUGUUGCAAAAUAAAUUGCAUUUUUAUUUUGGUUUUUGACCAAUCAAGAAGUUUGCUGACAUAGUUACUUUUUAUUCACGUGUGCAACACAAUUUUUAUUCUUUUAAAAUGGUUUCGUAUUUCUGCUCAAAAAUGUCUCACUGGACAUGACAAAUGUUGAAAAUGUUCUUAAAUCUGAUUGAUCAAUUUAUAACACCAGGUGUUUUGAAGUCUGGAAUGUCAUGAAAAGCGAUUUUUGUUUCCUUCCUAACAAGUUCAUUGUAAUUUUUUUUUUCUAUCACUUUAAUAGCAAUAAGAGUAAAAAAUUUCUUUCGUAUUUAUUUGAUAAAAAUCAUUUCCUUUCUGUUCUAAAUUUAAAAAAAGACAGAGGUAAAUAAGUAAACCAGAAAUAUCCAAAAUUAAUCAGUUUCAAACUAAAAAACAAACUAAAACGUUGUUUGAAUUCAAUUAUUAAAUUCAAACGUUUAUUAAAUUCAAGUUCAUUAAAUUCAAUCGUUUUUGAUUUCAAAAAAAGAAGUACAAAGGAGUCAAUGAGUAUCUAAUUUGAAUAUCUAAAGAUGUUUACACGAAUUUAUGUUUUAGACAUUGAAAUAUAAUCACAUGUUAAUUUAAACUCUAUAAUUCUCUCAUCUGAUUGAAAAAAGUAUUUGAAAAUUUUAAGCUUGACUUUUUAUUGAAUUAACUUAUGAUAUAAUGAUUAUUAUCAAAUUUUUGAUAAUAAUGUGUUAUUUAAACAUCUAAUGUUUCUUUUUUUUAUUCUGACUAAAAUGUAAUUUUGACUGAAUAUGGUAGAAUUAAUUAACAUCAUCACUGUAUCUUGGGUGGUGCUAAAUUGUGCCUGGCAGUUUACGGUAAUG